UCCCAAACCGAUCAGAAGCACUCACAAAGUGUUUGCUACAAGCUAUAACCACAGAUCAGUUUGGCUACAUAACGUAUAGUGCUUGAUUGCUCAUAGCUCGAGAAGCUCGAGAGAGAUCAUCAUAGAGCAAAGAGAUUGAUCAGCUAGAGCGUGAUGUGUGAGGAGAAUCCGAUGGCGAUACGUGUUAGGGAGUUCAACAUGGAGAUGGACUUGCCGGCGGUCGAGGAUCUUGAGCGCCGGUGCCAGGUCGGCCUCUCCGGUGACCAGGCGAGCCCCGAGGAGGCGUCAACCGCCGAUGAUGCCGUCGAUGGCGGCGGCGCCAAGAAGUGGAGGAGGAAGAAGAAGACGGCGAAGAAGCAAGGCAUGUCGCUCUACGUGGAGCAGAUCGGCGACCCGUUCGCCAGGGUGCGCCACUCGCCCGACUACGUCAUCCUGGUAGCCGAGCAUGGAGAGGAAGGAGGAGAGGUGGUGGGAGUGAUCAAGGCGUGCGUCAGGACGGUGAGCCGAGGGAAGAAGAAGCAGUUCGCCAAGGUGGCCUGCCUCCUCGGCCUCAGGGUCUCCCCGUCUCACAGGCGGCUCGGCAUCGCAACGGAGCUGGUGCGGCGCGCCGAGGCGUGGUGCGAGGCCAGGGGCGCGGCGCACGCGACCAUGGCGACCACAGCAUCCAACUCCGCCUCGCUCGCGCUCUUCACCGGCCGCUUCGGGUACGCGCCGUUCCGGCGGCCGGUGUUCCUCGGCCACCCGGUGCACCGGCACCGCGCGCGUGUCCCCAGCGCGCACCACGUGCUGCAGCUGCCGCCGCAGCUCGCGGCGGCUGCCUACGCCUCCCUGCUCUCGCCGGCCGAGUUCGUUCCCACCGACCUCCCCGCGCUGCUCGCCCACAAGCUCACCCUCGGCACCUACCUCGCCGUCGAGCGCGACCCGGACCCGACCCUCCCGCCGUCCUUCGCGCUGCUCAGCGUCUGGGACGCCACGCGCUCACUACGCCUCCGCGUCGGCGGCGUCGCGCCGCUCCUCCGCGCGUCCCUCGCCGCGGCGCGGGCGCUCGACCGGCACGCGCCCUGGCUGCGCGUCCCGUCCCUCCCGGACGUGUUCCGCCCGUUCGGCACGUACCUCCUCUACGGCCUCCGCAUGUCCGGUCCCGAGGGCCCCGCGCUGCUCCGCUCGCUAUGCCGGCACGCACACAACGUCGCGCGCAACAACCCUGCCUGCGCCGUCGUGGCCGCCGAUCUCGGGCCUGACGACCCCGCAGCCGCCGCCGUACCGCACUGGCCGAGUUUCUCCUGCGACGAGGACGUCUGGUGCGUCAAGAAGCUCGGCUCCACCGCUGACAGCACUGGCAAUGCUGGCGACGACGACGAAGACGACUGGACGACCUUGCCUCCGGCCGAAUUCCUGUUCGUGGAUCCCCGAGAGUUCUGAUGUUCCAUCACGUCCUUCCACGGUCUCCUCGGUUUUGAUUUUGGUGACCACGAAGAACUGUAGAUACGUUAUACUCUCAUUCGUAGAUUGACAUGUGUAUGGUGCAGAUUGAUGCAUGGAUAUGGAUUAAUAUUGCGGAAGGUUUUACAGUAACCCUCAAGAACAACAAGGUCGCCUUCUGACAGACUUUCUCUCAAGUUGCUUGUUCAUCUGUCUCAACUACUAUAUGAAACGAGCGGACAUUUUUGUUUAGGCUGGAGCGUGCUGCUCCUUGUAUCCUGGGCUGGUACAGUACGUACAAAGCUUUCCAA